AUGAUUGAGAACUGCCAAACUCAGUGCCACCAGGAGUAUUUACUUAAACACUGCAACUGUACUUUAGAUAUAUUAUUCCCAGCAGAUAAAUACGCUGCCUGCCAGGUUAAAGAUUUAAUUUGUUUGGCUGAUAAUAAUGAUUAUUUCCGUUUUACCCAUCAAUUUGGCGAAGAGGAGUACGUGCGUAGCGAUUACCACGGUAUGAUUUGUAAAUGUUUUCGCAAUUGUUAUUCACUCAAUUAUGUAACGGAUGUAAGACCAUCAUUUUUGCCAGCAUAUCUACGUGACAAUAGAACAUACAUUGAUUUAGAUGUGCAUUUCCGUUUCGACACAAUGAUGGUGUACCGCACAAGUUUGGUAUUUGGUUGGGUGGAUUUAAUGGUGGCUUUUGGUGGUAUAGCGGGCUUAUUUCUGGGCUGUUCACUUAUCAGUGCCAUGGAAUUGAUAUAUUUUGUAUUGGUAGAGCUGCCGGUUUUCUUGUUAAGUGAAUUGAAAGUUAAAAGAAAAUAUGGGGAUGACCAGCAAAAUAAGGAACGUUAUGAAACACAUAUGCCUAGUAAACGUCAAAAUUGGGGUUUAAAUAAUCGCAUUAUGGCUAUGGACAAUUUUCAAAAUGCUUUUAUGCAUAAAAAUAAUUUCAAUAAUAAAAACUCAACAGCAUUGCUUAACAAAUAA